UAUCGACAGCAUGCAAACAGAUAAAUGCACACACACUUUGUUUGCAACAUUUGAACUGUUGACCAGGCACAUGGGCAGCCCGCACACUUAUUUGCAAUCUUUAAACUCUGAAGACCAGACACAUGGACAGUGUCAGAUCCAAUGUUGUACAAAAUAAAGAAGAGAGAGGGACCUAAAACCCCUCAACAUUGAGGACAGCGUGCACUGGGACCUUGAUGGAACAACACUGAGAUACGACUGAAUAAAUACCAGAUAAUUACUCAUGGAGAGUUUUACAACCUUCCCCCUGUCCUCUGGCAAUCACAGCAGCCGCACCAACAGCACAUGUUCCCGUGACAAUGUUCUGAAAACGGUGGUUUUUCCAGUUCUCUACUCCUUUCUCUUUCUGGUCGGGCUGACCCUUAAUGGGGUGGCGGUGUGGGUGUUUUUUCGCAUUCCAUCCAAGUCUCACUUCAUCAUAUACCUGAAGAAUAUUGUGGUGGCGGAUGUCAUCAUGACCUUAACAUUCCCUUUCAAGGUGUUAUCAGACUCCAACAUCGGCUCGACUGGGCUGCGUAUAUUUGUGUGUCGGGUCUCCUCAGUGCUCUUCUACCUCACCAUGUACAUCAGCAUCCUCUUCUUCGGCCUCAUCAGCAUCGACCGCUGCAGGAAGACCCUCAAGCCGUUCAGGGGGACUAACGCGGCCCGGUUGGCCCGUCGCAAAAUCCUCUCAGGGGCCAUCUGGACGUUCCAGCUCAUUCUCUGUCUACCUAACGUGUUCCUGACGAGUAAAACGCCCAAGUCUCCACAUUUUAAGUGCAGUGAAUUGAAGAGCGAUGCUGGGCUUUACUGGCAUGAGGUUGUGAAUUAUACCUGUCAGGUCGUUUUCUGGAGCAACCUGGUGACUGUGGUGGUUUGCUACACUCUAAUCACAAAAGAGCUGUACAGAUCCUACUCCCGCACCAAAUCUCAGGGCACCGGGGCAAAUAUUUGUAAAGCAUCCAGUGGAGGCACCGUUCGAAAGCCAGGACAGGCUAAAAGAAAAAUGAGUGCAAACGUGUUCCUGGUUCUGGCCGUUUUCUUUGUGUGCUUUGUGCCGUUUCACUUUGCCCGCGUGCCGUACACGAUCAGCCAGACCCAUGUGGUUAUGUUUGACUGCAAACUCAAACUCUUCUUCUUUCAGCUGAAGGAAAGCACGCUCUUCCUCUCAUCCUCAAACUCUCUUCUGGACCCUCUCAUCUACUUCUUCCUCUGCAAGUCCUUCCGGACCACUCUGUUCAAGACCCUGAAGCUGCCGCAUGGUACCUGUAGCAGGCUGCUAAAGAGGGGGUCGGACACGGACACAGACAGCACGCCUAUGAGAGACUCCUCUGUGUGUACAUAGGGCCAUUACAACAAGUAAAGAGGGUUUUUUUUAACAUGAUGAAAGACAAAGUGACCUGUUCUCUCACUUGUGUUCAUCCCCAUGUUGACAGUCAUUCCUAAAAAACAACAUGAAAUGACUAUUGCAGAGCAUAUUCAUGCUGAUAAAAAUCACAAAAUGAUUACAUUAACAUAUUAAAACCAUGAGACCAUAAGAAAUGUAACCCUGCCUCUUUUUAACAGUCAGGUGUAUCACUUGAAUAUUGAACAUGAAUAUUUGCCCUAAAAAUGUAAACUAAGGCUGUUUUGAUAACGUUCUGUCAAUCCCCUCAUCUGAUAGCCUAUACCUACCAUACUGCAGCAGUAACACGUUUCAAUAAUUCAAUAGUAGGUAUCAAUCUUGUUGCAGAUGGUCUUGUUUCCUUUUUUUUUUAGGUCAUAUAGAGGUAUCAGUAUUUAUUUCAGUCUGUUUGAUCAUAAGCUUAAAAAUACAAAAGCUUUAAGGAAAUCAACCUAUUUUAACUCCCUGUAAAAUAUUAACAAUAAAAGUAUUUCCUGUUAGAGAAGUCAAGAAGCACAAACAUCCACACAAACAUUUUUGAUUGCUGACUUGUGACCAAACCUGAAGUUAUCCUUUCUGUUCUCUAUUCCACUUAACAACAACAUCCUGCAGUUCCUCUUUUAGAUUGCCAUAACUCUGUCUUUCAAAGAACAAACAGCAUGUAUUCAUUUAAAAAACUGAAGAUAUAACUAAUCCUCUUCCUACCUGUAUAUUUAACCUCAACUUUGACCAAUAAACUCAUGUCAAUAAAGAUCUCUUAUUGUUGAA